CCUCCAGUGACAGUCAUCCUUCCCCCUCCAGUGACAGUCAUCCUUCCCCCUCCAGGCAGACAUAGAAAUAGAAGGGUUGGGCUGAGCUCAGGCAACUCCCAGUGAGAUCUUUGAACUAACAUGAAGAAACGAAACAGCUGUGAAAAUGAAACCAAUCGCCUGCCUUAGUCAGAGCUUUUCCUGGUGAGACGUGUAUAGUCAGUGCUGUCAGCAGAAGCCUUCUAGGAAAUAUAAUAGAAGCAGAAUGUGCUGAAGAGGAUAUCCAAUAAUUAAUAAUUGAAUCAUCUUUUUGGACUAUGCUGGUCACAUGAUUACACACGGAUUCGAAUGGAAGCAAAGCCAACACAAGAAUAAGGAACACUAAGAGGAGAAUAUCAUGGAGCCUCAGCCUGAUGUUCCUCUGCAGCAUAAUGAGACUAGCGAAUUCAAAGACCAAAUCAGCAAAUCUGUGGCAAGCAGUAAAAAUCACAAUGCGUCUUCACCAGCGGAAUCGGCAGCAGUCUCACUACAAGAAGUCAAACAGUCUCUUUCACAUCUGCAAGUUGUCUCCUGCGAGCUGCUCAGUGAUCUCCAUAGUAAAAUGAGCUCCAUAAGAAAGAAUUCCACGCUACAUACGUUGAAUCUCAAUAGACUUUAUGAGAACUGUCACCAGUUGCUGGAAGACGAGGAAGAGAUGAAAUUGGCCAACAGUAGGAGAGUAGAAGAUGAAGAAGAACAUGAGCUAGAGGAGAAUCUCCUGAACUUGGUGCAGUGUAUGGAGUCACUAAAAAAGAAAACAACAAAGGAACAAGUAAGCAACCAUGGUGCUUCGUUACGGAAACUGUCCCUGUCAUUUAAGGAGGGACUAGAUGGCUGGGAGCCUCCUGUGUAUCUUCGGCUAUCCAAGGAAAUGACUCAUAUAGUGAAACCCAUACCAGAAGAGAUAGAAUUCGAUCCAGAAAGUGCUCAUCCAAACCUCAGCCUAUCUCCAGAUCUUAAACAAGUGAGAUUUGAGCCCAGCCUUGAGAUUAGGGAGCGAAAGAAGGACUGUUUUGAGCCAGGUUUAUAUAUUUUGGGAAAGCCUGGGUUUAAAUCAGGUCGCCACUAUUGGGAAGUAGACGUGGGCAGCAAGAGCAAUUGGAUCAUUGGUGUUGUGCGGGAGUCGGUAGAACGCAAAGGAGCAUGGGAAUUAAAUUCAGCAAAUGGCUAUUGGGUUUUGCGUAAGCAAGACACUGCAUUUUAUGGGAUUGGGGAAUUUUUUGUGAUCCUAAAACUGGAAACGUUGCCCUUGAGGAUUGGAGUUUGCUUGGACUUAUUCAAAAAUCACCUGGCUUUUUACGACGCCGACACAACCGGACUUAUUUUUCAUGUCUCUGUCUGUUCUGGACAGAGGCUGUUUCCUUUUUUCUGCCCUGGAAUGCCUGUGUGUGAUGAAGACUGGUGCCCAUUAACUUUGUGCCCUUAAUGGAAAACAAACAGUCACCUAAGCAGAAGUAAAGGUGCUCAGUGAGCUGUGCAAAAGCAGCAAAGGGCUAUCACUUUAAAAUACAUUAAAAUCAGAAAAAAAAAUCAGUUGCUGGAUAACAUAAUUAAUAAUUACAUUAUUUUAUAGUUUAUUUAUUUCCAGAAAGGUUUUAAAGCUUGGACUGGAUUUUUCUGUAGAGAAAAUGAAUUCACAAUAUGUGAAUAGAUUUAUUAGUCAGUUCAAUCUAGAAUCCAAAAAGUAUUAAAGCGGACUUCCACCCAAAAAUGGAACUUCCGCUUUAAGUACCCGUGACCCCCUGACAUGCGGGUACCUGGGGGAAGCGGGUACCUGGGGGGAGCAGGUACUUGGUUUUGCCAGGUACCCAGCUCCCGCUUCCUCCUGGUGCCGUGCAAAAGUUCAUUUCUCCCCCUU